AUGUCAAAAUCAGUCCUUGUGACUGGUGGUACCGCAGGGAUGGGCUAUGAAUGUGCCCUGAAAAUCGCCCAGCAAUGUCCCCAAUAUCAAGUCACCCAACGAUAUCUCACGCUUGACCUAUCCAAUCUGGUCAGAGUCCGUUCCUUCGCCGCGGACUACGCGAAAAAGGGCUAUCCACAGAUUAAAGCCCUUGUUCUCAAUGCUGGUUUGCAAAUCCUUGAUCUCAACUACACAGAAGACAAGAUCGAGUCCACUUUCGCAAUCAAUCACGUUGGGCAUGCCCUGCUUUUCUACCUCAUGAGCCCAUACCUUGCUGAAGAUGCACGCAUUCUCAUCACUUCCAGUGGAACCCACGAUCCUGCUCAGAAGUCUGGACUUCCGGACGCGGUAUACAAUUCGGCCGAGGAAUUAGCUCAACCUACCAAGGAGACCGGGAAAUACUCCGGGAGACAACGCUACGCCACGAGCAAGCUCUGCAACAUUAUGUGGAUUGGAUUCGACCCUGGUUUGAUGCCCGGGACCGGCUUGACGAGAGAAGCUCCAGCAAUUCUGCAAUUCAUUUGGCACCAAAUCAUGCCCCGGACCAUUUGGCUGCUGCGACUACUCGUCUCUCCGAACAUCCAUUCGCCUCGGGAUUCUGGGGCCUCGCUUGCACGGUUGGCUGUAGGAGAUGAUGUGAAACAAGUCAGUGGAAAGUAUUACGAGGGCCAAAGACCGAUACCGUCCAGCAAGGACAGCCAAAUGGUAGAGAAGCAGGAGAAUCUGUGGGAGUGGACUGUAGAACGGGUCGCAAAGGAUGAUCAAGAGAGGCGCGAUUUUGAGAAUGUCUAG